ACGGCAGCCGGAGCCCGAGUCCCACACUGGAGGCUGCGGUGGGCAGGAGCGCAAGCUGGGAACAGUGUCCCGGCCCCGGACUCCUCGUUCUCUCCCAGCGACACACCGAACCGGGACUCACUUCUUUCCUUUUCCGGAAUUUGAACCACCGCCUCGGUCGUCUCGCAAUCGACACGCGAAGCCCGGGGCGAUGGACCCGUUUACGGAGAAACUACUCGAACGAACCCGUGCCAGGCGAGAAAAUCUCCAGAGGAAGAUGGCCGAGAGGCCCACGGCAGCACCGAGGUCUGUGCCUCCCGCCAAGCGCGCCAGAGAGCCGCUCGCAGAAGCCAGUAACCAGCAACCCCUGUCCGGGGGGCAAGAGAAAUCUUGUACAAAACCAUCGCCAUCAAAAAAACGCUGUUCUGACAACACUGAAGAGGAAGUUUCCAACUUGGAAAAUGCACAACCGGUUGAGUCAGCUUCUGCCAAACCUUGUUCUCCAAGUCCUGUGUCCCCUCAGGCACAGCCACGGGCACCGGCUCCAGCCAGUGAUUCCCCGCCCGCCACCCAGGCAUCGCUGCUGGGCCUGCAGAGAGCGCCGAACGCCAGGCCCGAGGCCUCUGCAGCCUCCUCUGUUAAAACACGGAUGCAGAAGCUGGCAGCCCAGCGGCGCCACUGGGAUAAUGAUGAAGUGACAGAUGAUACCCCUGAAAGCUCACUCAUCCCAGCGAUGCCAGCGGAGGACAAGGCGGCCUCCCCUCCCAAACCAGCAGAAGCCUUGGCAACUCCCGUGGGGAGGAGGGGCCGUCUGGCCAACCUUGCUGCUAUUAUUUGCUCCUGGGAAGAUGAUGUCAGUCUCUCAUCGGCAAAGCAGAACAGUGCCCCAGGACAGCCUGGCACCACUUGUUUGUCCAAAGCUUCCUCUGCCAGCGGAGCAUCUGCUGGCAUCAAUGGCCGCAGUGUUGCGCAGGAAGCCGCAUGCUGCUCCCCGAGGGGUGGCCAUGCCUCUCUGAGCAAAGCCCCGGCCUCGAGAGCCGCUGCUGCCUCCUUGCCUACGGGUGCUGUUUCCAGCGCUGCGAAAGCUGCUUCUUCCCCUGUGAAAGCUUCUAUAUCUGUCACCAAUGCUAAGAAUUGUGAGGUACGAAAACCUGAGCGACUUCAAAAAACUCCUGCUAGUCCUUUGAAAACUGAGGUAUCGAAACCAAUCGGGAAAUCAGCUGAAUCCCAGACAGUUCGGCCCAAAGAAGAAGUAAAUAGAGAAACUUGUCUGCAAUCUCACUCUAAAGACAAAUCUACAACACCAGGAGCAGGAGUCAAGCCGUUUCUGGAGCGCUUCGGAGAGCGCUGUCUAGAACGCAGCAAAGACAGCCCCACGCGGAGCACACCCCACAGGACCCCCGUGGUCACUCCGAACACCAAGGCCAUCCAGGAAAGACUGUUAAAGCAAAACACAUCUUCAUCUACUACCCACGUAGCCCAGCGGCUCAAGCAGGAACGUGAAAAAGAACUAGCAUGUCUUCGUGGCCGAUUUGACAAGGGCAAUUUAUGGAGUGCAGAAAAAGGCGAAAACUCAAGAAGCAAACAACUAGAAACCAAACAGGAAAUUCACUCUCAGAACACUCCCCUCAGAAAACAUCAAGUUGUUUCAAAUACCCAGUCCGGUCCAGUAACAGAAAAGGAAAAGGCGGCAGGAGAGCAGACUCCAGCACAGCCCCCCAGCCCAGAGCCCGCAGGUUUCACUGAAUGUGAAAUGACGAAGUCUAGCCCUUUGAAAAUAACACUGUUUUUAGAAGAGGAAAAGUCUUUAAAAGUAACAUCAGACCCAAAGGUUGAGCAGCAGACAGAAGUGGAACGUGACAUUGAGAUGAGCGUGGAUGACGAGGAUGACAUCAAUAGUUCGAGAGUGAUUAACGACAUCUUCAGUGCUGUCCUGCAGGAGGGCGAGCUGGGUGUGGCCAGGAGCCCGGAGCAGAGGGGCCAGGCGGGAGCCGAGAGCGGGGAGGACCAGGAGGAUGCCCUCAAUAUCUCCUCGAUGUCGCUGCUUGCUCCGCUGGCACAGACAGUCGGCGUGAUAAGUCCAGAGAGUUUCGCUUCCUCACCUAGAUUGGAAUUGAAGGGCAGUAGCAUACAUGACGAGAGUCCCAAACCAGGAAAGUUCCAGAGAACCCGUGUCCCGCGGGCCGAGUCUGGUGACAGCCUUGGUUCUGAGGACCGUGACCUUCCUUACAGCAUCGAUGCGUACAGAUCUCAGAGAAUCAAAGAAACAGACCGUCCUUCAAUUAAGCAGAUUGCUCGGAAGGAAGAUGCUACUUCAAAAUUGGAGGGAAAAAGGAAUGCUGAAGAAAAGAGCGUCUUUCCUUGUCAGGUGAACGUCAAGCAGAAAAUGCAGGAACUCAACAAUGAAAUCAACCUGCAGCAAACGGUGAUCUACCAGGCCAGCCAGGCCCUGAACUGCUGUGUGGACGAGGAGCACGGGAAGGGAUCCCUGGAGGAAGCCGAGGCUGAAAGGCUGCUUCUGAUCGCAACUGAGAAGAGAACGCUUUUGAUUGAUGAGCUGAAUAAACUGAAGAGUGAAGGACCUCAGAGGAAGAACAAGGCUGGUCUCCUCUCCCAAAGUGAAUUUGUCCCGUCCAAGGGGUCAGUCACUUUGUCAGAAAUCCGUCUGCCUCUUAAGGCAGAUUUUGUCUGCAGCACAGCUCAGAAACCAGACGCAGCAACUUACUCCUUCCUGAUCAUACUGAAGGCAGGAGCCGAGAACAUGGUGGCCACCCCGCUGGCAAGCACUACCACUUCUCUGAAUGGCGAUGCCCUGACGUUCUCCACCACGUACACUCUGGAAGAUGUGUCCAAUGACUUUGAAAUCAGUAUUGAAGUUUACAGCUUGGUGCAAAAGAAAGAUCCCUCAGUGCCAGAUAAGAAGAAAAAGGCAUACAAAUCCAAGGCUAUCACUCCAAAGCGACUUCUCACAUCUAUAACUACAAAAAGCAGUCUUCAUUCUUCAGUGAUGGCCAGCCCGGGCGGUCUCCAUGCUGUGCGCACCAGCAACUUUAUCCUUGUUGGAUCUUACACGCUGUCCUUGUCUUCAGUAGGAAACACUAAGUUUGCUCUGGACAAGAUAAAUUAUGAUGUAAAAGAGCGAGAGCUACUGGGCUAUUUGUUCCAGGAAAAGGUGCCCUUUUUAUCUCCUUUGGAAGGUCAUAUUUAUUUAAAAAUAAAAUGUCAAGUGAAUUCAAGUGUUGAAGAAAAAGGUUUUCUAACCAUAUUUGAAGAUGUGAGUGGGUUUGGUGCCUGGCAUCGAAGAUGGUGUAUUCUGUCUGGAAACUGUAUCUCCUACUGGACGUACCCCGAUGACGAGAAACGGAAGAAUCCCAUAGGAAGGAUAAAUCUGGCCAAUUGUACCAGUCGUCAGAUAGAACCAGCCAACAGAGAAUUUUGUGCAAGACGCAACACUUUUGAAUUAAUUACUGUCCGACCACAAAGAGAAGAUGACCGAGAGACGCUUGUCAGCCAGUGCAGGGACACACUCUGUGUCACCAAGCACUGGCUGUCCGCAGACACCAAGGAGGAGCGGGACCUCUGGAUGCAGAAGCUCAAUCAGGUCCUUGUGGACAUUCGCCUCUGGCAGCCUGACGCCUGCUACAAGCCUCUCGGGAAGCCCUGAGCGGGCAGUUCCCGCGCCGCUCAGCGGUGGCUUUGAGCUCCGUCAUACGUGUAUCUUAAGAGCGGCAGAUAUGCUGAUGGCAUUUUAUGCUUUAAAAACAAAAGGGUAUGUGCCAAUAUUCACUACAUAUUAUGCAGUAUUUAUGUCUUCUGUAUGUAAAAAACUUCAACUGAUUUGUCAUUCAUAAAUUGCCUGGAGGAAAAUUUAUUAUAGUUGAUUUUGCUAAAUUUUAAUCUAAAAGCCUCAUUUCCUAGAAACCCGAUUAUUCAGUUAUUCACGAGAAAAUGUUUGUUUUUAAGUAAGAAAUUGUAAGUUGUCUUGUUGGAGCUGUGGGUCUCAGCACAGAGGGGUCUUAGGGAGUUAGAGUCACUCUUUAGCCUCAUACGGCUUCCUGUGGGUUGUGGGCCUCUAUUGGAUGUAUCUUGUUACUGUCGCACUGAAGACAUUUCUUAGGGACUUUACGGAACGUUUUUAGUAAUGGAGGCAAGGGCUUUCUCAAAGAGCAAAUGGACAUUCGUUUAAGCUGAGGCUUCUCCGAACAGGAGAUGCGGACUUAGGGGAUAUUGUGUGAGAUUUGGGGGUGAGAUGUUUUAUUUAGAAGACUUAAUAAUCACAUGGUUUACAUUUGCUGUUUCUGAAGAUGCUGCCUGGUACACAUUUUCAUAAAAUGUAGCUUUCAAAAGUAAUUAUUUUUGCUUUAUAGCUAACAGACUCCUCAGAUAUACUUGGCAUGUUAGUUUCUUUCUGUUCCUGUAACAACAAAUGUAAAUUGAAUUUUUAUAUAAGAAAGAAAACUUCACAAGCUGCUGUGGACUAAUACUUGGCUUGCCAAAGCUCUUGACUUUACUUUUCAUGUCAUAUAUGACAGUGUCUAGAAAUCCGUUAUGAAAUCUGUUGAAAAACUAUUAAGUAAUGUAUUUCUUUAAAAGCCUAACACUUUAUUUUUGUGUUAUAAAAUAUUGUAAAGCAUGGUCUCAAACUUUUAAGUACACUUUAAGUUUCUUCUCUAAAUUGUUAAAGUUAUUGAUGUUCUCAUUUAUAAACACUAAAUUCUGUCACCUCCUGUCAUUUUAUCUUUUAUUCAUUUGAAUGUGUUUUUUCUUAUGUGUAUUAUAAAAUGUGUUUUAUGAUCUCUUACCUAAAUAAAUACUUGCAAAUGGCUUAA